UGAAACUCAUGUUUUGUCAAACAAUAUAUCGUGAAAUAUCAAACAGGUUUGUUUUACAUAUUAACUUACGGGUCAUUUGUAUUUCAGCCGACUCAAUGCUUGCAAUAUUUAGAACGGCUAGGCAAGUUUUGAUAAAUUUUUAAGUCACAGAAAUAUGGAAUAUGACAUAAAUCGAGAAUCUAUGUCGGUUAUGAGGAAAACAAGGAAACGAAAAAAUAUUCAGAAUGGUGGCACGUCUGAAGCGACUGCACUAAAACGUUCAAAAGUGGAACAAAGAAUAUACAAAAGUCGAGAGAAUACAGAACCGUCCAUGAAGGUAAUAUCACCGAGAAAGAAAACCACGACACAUAAAAAAAUUGACUGUGGAGCAGAGACAGCGACGAACAUUAAACUGUCAAUUGCUGUAACCUCACCGAGAAAGAAAACCAUGAAAUAUAAAAAAGAUGAAUGUGGAACAGAGACAGAUACAAUGGAUGUGCAAAGCGUUUUACCGUCAUGCAGCAUUUUCAAUCAACCUUUCUCAGAAGCAUCUAUGACAGAAACCUUAGCCAGACAGAAAACCCUGGAACUUGAAAAAGGUGAAACUCGAACAGAAGCAGAUAAUAAAGAUUUGUUCGGAGAGGAGAGGAAAGAAUGCAAACAUUUAGAUGGGGAAUCCCAUAUUGGUUCUGAUAGCCCACAGAUAAGCUUAGCGAGUAUAAAAGAACAUCAACUUGAGACAGAAAAUGAAACAAAAGACGACUAUUCCUAUUGGAAUGAUUGCAUACAAAGCAAAGAUGCGGAGCAAAUUCGACAUUUGCUUCGAAAAGGCAGCCUUCCAAAUCGAAAAAUGUUGCAAUAUGCUUAUAACGUAUUCAGGAAGAAAAAUAUAGGAUUAUUGAAAGAGAUAUGUCUAAAAAUAGAAGAACAUAUAACAAGCAAAGAUGAAAAUAUUGUCAGUAUAAAUGCUUGUCACAAGGCCGAUAGAGAAGAACAGAUCGUAUUUGUCGUUCUCACUAAAGGUAAGGACCAUUUGUUAAACACUGAAUACCCUUUCCUGUUGAUUCGACGUGACGAUUACGAUGGGGAUAAAGUAAUUGAUCGGGAACUUCAAGAAGAACUCUCAUUUGAUGGUGACGAAUAUUUAGAGUUAACUGACUGUCUGCGAAAGAAUUCUCCUGAUUUGAUGGAAAAGCACAGCAAUCUAGCACAUACGUCUAUCAGUCAUUUUAAAUCAAGCAAAGAUGGGCUAAACAAAACAUCAUGCGUAGUAUUCUACGUGUUUGCGAAAGGAUAUAUUCCUAUUGGUGAAGAACUUUUGCCCUUAUAUUUGAAAUCACAAGCAAAGUUGUUUCCAACAGACGUCAGAGAGGGUCAGUUUGCAGUUGCCAGUGGUGGGCCUGACGAAAUGCACACGGACUUGAAGAUAGGAUGUCGGAUUGAAUCUUAUACAUCACCUGAUGGAGGAACAAUAGGAGCAUUUAUCAAACAUCCAGAACAUGGUCUGUGUGCGAUAACAUGUUCACAUGUUCUGUUAGAUAUUGACAGAUUUCAAAAGCUUUAUGCCAGACAAAUAACAAUGGAUGCGGUGACUGGAGAACAGUGCUUCCAGGCAAAACAACCCGACAUAUGCGGAAAUAUUGUCGAUGUGAAAUUAUUCGGUACAAACGAAAGGAAUUAUGGCAUGGAUAUUGCAUUUGUCAAAGUUGAUGAGAAUCGUAAACCGAAGACGAAUAAUUUUCCAGAUAUUCUUCGAAAAGACUUGACAGAAAUACCAACUAAAUAUUUACAAUACUUAGAGAAUCUUUUAUCGACAUUCCAAUACAAAUCCACUGCUGUCAAGCAACGCUCCGAUGUUGCGAUCAGAGAUAGACUUGUAGUUAAAUACGGCUUCAAGACAAAACUUACUUUAGGGAAAUGUGCUAUUGCCGGAGUUUCUGCUAGACUAGAAUUCGACGCCCACGGCUUUACCAAUCAAACAAUACCAAGACCAGUUUCGAAGCGAGGCAAAUUUGUCAUAGCGGAUCAGAUAGAAAUACGGGACAUUGGUGUGGACUUCUCUGCACCAGGUGAUUCUGGGGCGAUGGUGUUCAUCAAAGAUGAAAAAACUGAGCUCUCUGCCCUUGGUAUCCUUACUGGUCGUAAUGAUAAAGCUAAAAUAACUUACAUAACUCCUAUCUGGAACAUUUUAGAGGAGAUUGAAAUGCCGUUGCCAUACUCUCUUGCUAUAAACAAUCCAGUGAGUGAGGUUCUUGAUCGCCUUGAAGGUUCGGUCGAUGAUCUCAAGAAGCAUUUAAACGCCUAAGGCACAAAGAAGAAAGCAAAGACGUCAAUGUUUUACAGCUCGUCACACAGUCUGUUUUUAGCCUGAGCAAUGCUCAGGUGAGUUCUUGUGAUCGCUCGUUGUCCGGUGUCUUUCGUCUGUCUGUCUGUCAACAUUUAGCUUGUGUAUGCGAUAGAGGCUGUAUUUUACAACUGAUCUUCAUGAAACUUUGUCAGAACAAUAACCUUGAUGAAUUCUAGGCCAAGUUUGAAAAUUGGUUAUCUGGGAUUAAAAACUAGUCACCAGGUCAAAUCAAAGAAAACCCUUGUGUUUGCGAUAGAGGCUAUAUUUGUUAAGAGAUUUUCGUGAAUUUUGGUCAGAAUGAUUAUCUUGAUAAAAUCUAGGUCAAGUUUGAAAAUGGGUUAUCUAGAGUCGAAAACUAGGUCACUAGGUCAAAUUAAAAAAAAACAUUGUGUAUGCGAUAGAGGCUGUAUUUUUCAAUUGAUCUUCAAGAAUUUUUGUCUUGAAUGAUUACCUUGAUAAAUUCUAGGUAAGUUCUCAAUAUGAGUUAUCUUGGGUCAAAUAUUAGGUAACUAGGUCAAAUAAAAUAAAAACAUUAUUUAUGCAAUAGGGGCUGCAAUUUGCACUGGAUCUUCAUGAAAUUUGAUCAUAAUGUUUGUCUUGAUGAUAUCUAGGUCAAAUUUGAAUAUGACUUAUCUAGGAUAAAAAACUAGGUCACCCGGUCAAAUCAAAGAAAAACCUUGUGUACGCAUUAGGGGCUACAUUUUAUAAUGGAUAUUCAUAAAAUUUAGUUAGAAUAAUUGCCUUGAUGAAAUCUAUGUCAAGUUAGAAUAUGGGUAAUCUGUGGUCAAAACCUAGAUCACUAGGUCAAAUCAAAGAAAAACCUUGUGUAUGCGAUAGAGAUUGUAUUUUUCAAUUGAUCUACAUGAAAUGUGGUCAGAAUGAAUUCAUUGAUAUGUUAAGGUCAGGUUUGAAUAUGGGUCAUCUUGGGUCAAAAGGGUUGCUAGGACAAUUCAAAGAAAAUCGUUUUUAAUUUGAUAGAGGCUGUUAUUAUCAAUUGAGUUUCAUGAAAUUUGGUUAGAAUGAUUGCCUUGAUAAAAUCUAGGUCAAAUUUAAAUGAAGGUCAUCUUGGCUUAAAAACUAGGUCACUAGGUCAAAUUGAAGAAAAUACUUGUUUACACUUAAGAGACCACAUUUUUGAUCCAAUCCUAAUGAAAAUUGGUCAAAAUAUUUGUUUCCAUAAAAUCACCAGGUAAAACAUGUUUUCACUGUUAUGGUGUAUUUGUCAAGUGAGCGACCAAGGGCCGUCUUGGCCCUCUUGUUAAGAAAACAACGUUAGAGUUCUUGACGGUACAAGUAUAGUAGGCAGCAACAUCUUCCACAGUGUCACUUACUGUUUUGCCUGCAUGUUUUUCGUUUGAUGCUGAAUAUAUUUAAUACCAUCACGUUUUUCAUUUGAUGCUGAAUAUAUUUUAUACCAUCACGUUUUUCCUUUGAUGCUGAAUAUGUUUUAUACCAUCACGUUUUUCCUUUGAUGCUGAAUAUGUUUUAUACCAUCACGUUUUUCCUUUGAUGCUGAAUAUAUUUUAUACCAUCACGUUUUUCCUUUGAUACUGAAUAUAUUUUAUACCAUCCAGUUUUUCCUUUGAUGCUGAAUAUAUUUUAUACCAUCACGUUUUUCCUUUGAUGCUUUAUACCAUCACGUUUUUCCUUUCAUGCUUUAUACCAUCACGUUUUUCCUUUCAUGCUGAAUAUAUUUUAUACCAUCACGUUUUUCCUUUGACGCUGAUUAUAUUCUACACCAUCACGUUUUUCCUUUGAUGCUUUAUACCAUCACGUUUUUCCUUUGAUGCUGAAUAUAUUUUAUACCAUCACGUUUUUUCCUUUGAUGCUGAAUAUAUUUUAUACCAUCACGUUUUUCCUUUGAUGCUGAAUAUAUUUUAUACCAUCACGUUUUUCCUUUGAUGCUGAAUAUAUUUUAUACCAUGACG